UGUUUCUAGAACAUGUUUGUCGGUUCCUCAUUGGCUCCGAAGGGAAGACUUUGUAAAUGGCGUAAAAUGUGCUAGCCCUUCAGUGUUUGUGCAUUUUUUGCGAUUUGAACUCUUCGACAGUGCGUUGGCACUUUGUGCACGUCAUAAAUUUUGGUUGUUGUGCCUAUUCAUCAAAUUAUUGCAUCCUUCGAAAACCCCUGAUUUAUUAUAACCCGGAACCGGCUCACUUCGUCUCGUUGGCAUCAAUCUGACGCAGUUCUUCGCAUCUAUCCCCAAAGUUAGCUUUCUUACGAAAAUUCCGCUUCUGCCUGUUCAUUACCACUCCGAUUGCGUCAGCGCAUUUGGGUCGUUCUUUGCUUUAGCCCCUGAUGGAGGCGAGGAGGAAGAAAUUUGAAGACUUGAAUAUCACACGGGAUGAGAUUAAUAAUAUUGGCCAGGCUCUUCAGAAGGAAGAAUUUCGUAAGCUUUUUGCUGAAUAUUGUGAAGAGGUGACCAAUCCAGAGAAUAAGAAGCUAUACCAGAAUGAAGUAACUGAACUAGAGAAGCAACGGGGUGUGGAUGUUACGUUCAUUAAUCCUGAGCCAGGCUUUGUCGUCAAGACCAGCAUUGAUGGUGAACGAAAAGCAUUCAUCAACAUUUGUCAAAAUGAUGUUGUAUCAAAGCCCUCAUCAUCUGUUGCUUCUGAGGAAGGAUCCCAGGGCCGAAGGUGGUCUUUGCCAUUUUCACUUGCUCCCGCACGAGAAGAUUAUGACAAACAAAAGAAUCAUUGCACUGUGUUUGAUGUGGUAUUCCACCCAGAAACUCUCAAACUGGCGGAGAAAAACCUAGAGUUCCGUAAAAUGCUCAUUAAUACAGCUUUUGAUGCAGUUGAAGACAACUGCAAAGCCAAGCUGGAUCGGACCAAUAUGAAGUAUCCCAAAAUGUUAUACAAGGGUACCCCUCAGGCUGCUGUGAUCAGGAAAAAAAUUCCUAACCAUCAGACUGCAAAAGGUGACCAUGAAUUCUUGGAACAAAUGCCAUAUCCUACUGAUAGAAACCCGUGGUCUAAAGUUGAAAAAGGAAAGAAUGUACCUGAGAAGAAAAUUGAGUCAGCUAAGUAUGCCACACCUAAAUACUGUAUCAAAUAUAGGCAUGGUGUUGAGUUAUCAGACUACACCACUGAUGCAACUGCAAGACUGAAUGCCACUGUGCCCAAGGAAUUGGUAAUCUGUAUUGAUCUGCCUCUCUUGAAUUCUGCUAAAGAUUUGAAUCUUGAUGUCACUGCUAAAUCACUAUCUUUGGUUUGUCAAAAGCCUAAAUAUAAAUUGGAGUUGGUUCUUCCUUAUGGUGUUGAUGAGAAUGCAGGAAAUGCAAAUUUUGAUGUUACAACCCGAAAGCUGACCAUUGAGGUGCCUGUGAAACGAAGUCCACUAUCUCUGCAAGAUAUUGGACGGGAAGACAGUGGAGUUGAGAGUGAUCCAGGUGGCAGAGCUGAUGAGGAUUCUGAUGAAAAGAGUCCAAGCUACCAUAGUGACAAUGGAAGUGAUACAAGUGACCACCAAGAUCUUCAGAAUUCGUCUUCCUUAGUUGAUGAGUCUACCAAAGUCAACGGCAAUGCCUUCUCUGACCCAACUGAGUCUGUUGACAAGGAUAUUGAUCACUUGCUGCCAAAUUUCUCACUGAACACAUAUGAAAAUAUGGUGGCUGUUGUGCUUCAUGUCAAGAAUGUUGACAGCGGUUCACUUGUACAAGGCUUCCUGCAGGAAAGGCAGGGCAUCCAGCUUUCUUUCUCAUCUGUAGGUGCAGGGAUGUUCCCACAGCAUUAUGGAUUUUGUCUAGCUUUGCCUGAUGCAGUCGGAGUGGAAUCUGAUUCAUUGUCUGUUGAAAUCUGGGACAACAAUGUCGUAGCUCAGUUUGGUCUGACUUCUUCUAAUGUCACUAUCUCUGAAGUAUAUGUUGGUACUGGUCCUCAUGAUCUUCAGUUAAAGGAUGCUGGUAAUCUGGCUGUUGUGGAGCAGAAGCUAGCUGAUCUACAGUUAAGCACUGAUAUUUCUGCUUCUCGUUCACCAAUUGUCAUAGUUCAUGCAGCUGAAGAAAAUGAGUUGGUACUGAAUGUACAACCAUUUUCAUCUAAUGUGAAGGAUGUUGAAGAAAUUUCUCCAGAAAAUUCUACGAAGGCUGAGGAAUCUGCAUCUGGAUGUGCACCUACAGAGGAUUCCUCAAAGGGAAAUGAAGUCAGAGCUGAAAAGGGACGUGUUCGCCAUCUUUCAGAGUGCAGCAGUGAUGAUCUGGAGGGUAAAAAGAUUCGAGGAAUCUUGAAGAAGCGUCCUCUCCGCAGUCUCUCUGAAUCCAAUGCUGAUGACUAUGUUCACUACCAGUCCUCAAGUUUCAGUGAUGAAUCGGGCCCUAACUCAGCUAUGGGUUCAGUUAAUUGUAUUGCAGAGGAAGGUAGUGAGACUGGGUGUGAAACUGAAAAUGAAGGUGGUUAUAGACGUCAAAGGAAGAAGAGUGUUCGCUUUAAUGAUGUGGUCGCACAGCAAACCUUCAGGCCUAACUCCAGUAUUUUGGGUCAAAGAAAGAAAAAUCAGCGUAAGCAGAAAAACAAGAAGAAAGCUCAAGAGAGAAGAGCCAGUGAGAGCGAAAAUUCUGAACCAGAUUCAGAACAUGAUAAAGCUCGUCGUCGUGCAUGUCAUUCUGAAGGAGAAAUAUCUGACUUGGAAGAGAAAAGCAAAGAAACAAACAAAUUUAAGAAGGAGGAAAAAAUUGAACCAAGCACCCAUCAAGCAAGGAAAAUUUUGCGUCGUACAAAUAGUUCUGAAUCAGAUGAAGAAACCAAGGAUGAAAGUUCCAAUAAGACUGCUAAAGUUGCCAGCCCAGCUGGUGACACAGUGAUGAAAGUUGAAACCUCUCAACCACAGGGUACUCAUGUGGAAAGUUCAGAGGAUGAGAGAGAUGGAAAGACUGAAGAAAAGAAGAAAAAGAAGAAGAAGAGGAAAGGGAAGAAAGUCACAGAACAGGGGGAUGGUUGUAAAAUUGCAUCAAAGGAGGUGACUGAUUUCAGGAGUGGUUUGGUUCUCGAAUUGGAAAUGUAAUCCGUGCUGAAUUUUAUGUUUUGUGACCCUGGUAGUUUCAGUAGUAUUCUUAGUAGAUCCACCUAUUACAGGCAUUUAUAGUAAUUGUAAACUUUAAGGUAGAUCUUUGGAUUUAAGUUGAAGAAACUCCCAGACCACCUAAACAAUUCUCACAUUUGGACUUCUAACUGUUGAUCGCUGAUUUGUCCAAAUUUAUUUUUACUUUUCCAAGGAGAGACCAGAUUUUCAUGGAUAUUUGUCCCUUACAAUUUUACGCAGUUGUUACAAUUUCUAUUUGUAUGCAGUGGCAUACGUUCUUAAAAAAUACUACUGUAUUUUAAAGAGUUGGCUUGGCUUUAAAAAGCCAUUUAAUUAAAUGCCAACAGCUGCCUUCUUGUUGUAUACUGUUUAUCUUUCAGAAGCUAUCUAUUGCGUUUUGCAAAGUAUCUUUUGAAAGCUGAAUCUGUGAUUUCUUGUUGGCAAAGGGUAGAAGCUGUUUGGAAAGCACUUAUUUAAUUGAUUUUGUGUGCUGUUCACUGCCAAACCUCUUGUAAUUGUUAUAGCUGUACUGUUAAAACUUAUAUGGUGAUAUAGAAUGGUGAUUUUUUUUGUUUAUGUUUUUGUCAAUUAACUAUUCAGUUCCUUCAAUAUCUUUUGUAACUUUUUUGAAUCAAACCAACUUUUUGCACUGAUGUUAAAUUAUUGUGUAUGAAUUUUAAAAUGCUACUAUUGGAAAUUGUAUUGAUUGUUUUAUUGUAUCAAGGUAGUUCGAUUAUAUGGGGUAAAUUUAUUCCACAAAUUCCAUUAAAUCUUGUAAAAUUUUACUUUUGAAAUACAAGUAGUGGUUAACAAGA